GAGGCCUGAAUUUGAAGACUGGCGGGAAGGUGGUGGUGACAUCUGUCACUAGGCCGGGGUUCUCCGGAGUAGGAGGGCGCUGGGACUAUGCUUUGUCCUGAACAUCUGACAAAGGUUUGCAAUGAAUCUUCCGCUCCGGAGUGGGAAACGGCGGCGUUCAGCAUCGGUCUCAGACUCGUCCCCGGGAAGCGGCGGUGCCAGUAGCGUCAGAGUCCAGCUCUCCGCCGGGCCGGUGCUGAGCCCACCUCCGGGCCUGGGACGCAGCCUGAAGGCCGCAGGACUAUGCAAGCAACCAGUUCCUGAUGACCAAACAGACGAACUGUUAUUGGCAAAUUGGGGACUUCCUAAAGCAAUUCUACAGAAAUAUCACAGUUUUGGUGUAAAAAAGAUGUUUGAAUGGCAGGCAGAAUGCCUUUUGCUUGGACAAGUCUUAGAAGGAAAGAAUUUAGUUUAUUCAGCUCCUACAAGUAGUGGGAAGACCCUUGUUGCAGAAUUACUUAUUUUGAAGUGCGUUUUGGAAAUGCAGAAGAAAGCUUUGUUUAUUCUUCCCUUUGUUUCUGUGGCUAAAGAGAAGAAAUAUUAUCUCCAGAGUCUGUUUCAGGAAGUAGGAAUAAAAGUGGAUGGUUAUAUGGGCAGUGCCUCUCCAUCAGGGCAUUUCUCUUCCUUGGAUAUUGCUGUCUGCACAAUUGAGAGAGCCAAUGGUUUGAUCAAUCGCCUCAUAGAGGAAAAUAAGAUGCAUCUGUUGGGAAUGGUGGUUGUGGAUGAGCUGCACAUGCUGGGAGACUCUCACCGAGGGUAUCUGCUGGAACUUUUGCUCACUAAGAUUUGUUUUCUUACUCAGAAAUCAGCAUCUCGCCAGGCAGAUUUAGCCAGUCCCCUGUCUAAUGCUGUGCAGGUUGUUGGCAUGAGUGCCACUCUCCCUAAUUUGGAACUUAUAGCUUCCUGGUUGAAUGCUGAACUCUACCAUACUGACUUUCGUCCUGUACCACUUUUGGAGUUAGUAAAAAUUGGAAAUUCCAUUUAUGACUCUUCAAUGAAACUUAUAAGGGAAUUUCAACCCAUGCUGCAAGUGAAGGGAGAUGACGAUCAUGUUGUUAGUUUAUGCUAUGAGACUGUUCGUGAUAACCAUUCAGUAUUACUUUUUUGUCCAUCAAAAAAAUGGUGUGAGAAGCUGGCGGAUAUAAUUGCUCGAGAGUUUUAUAAUCUACACCAUCAAGCUGAGGGAUUGGCAAAAGCAUCUGAAUUUAUACCACCGAUUCUGGAACAAAAGAGCCUCUUGGAAGUAGUAGAUCAAUUGAAACGUUCACCUUCAGGUCUGGACUCUGUGUUACAAAAAACUGUACCAUGGGGAGUAGCAUUUCAUCAUGCAGGUCUUACUUUUGAGGAGCGGGAUAUCAUUGAAGGAGCCUUCCGUCAAGGUCUCAUUCGAGUCCUGGCAGCAACUUCUACUCUUUCUUCUGGGGUGAAUUUACCUGCACGUCGUGUGAUUAUUCGGACCCCUAUUUUCAGUGGUCGCCCUCUAGACAUUCUUACUUACAAGCAGAUGGUUGGUCGUGCUGGCAGGAAAGGAGUAGACACAAUGGGUGAGAGUAUCUUACUUUGUAAGAACUCUGAGAAAUCAAAAGGCAUAGCUCUACUUCAGGGAUCCUUGAAACCUGUUCGCAGCUGUCUGCAAAGACAAGACGGAGAAGUAACUGCCAGUAUGAUUCGAGCUAUUCUGGAGAUAAUAGUCAGUGGAAUGGCAAGUACAUCACAAGAUAUGCAGAUUUAUGCUUCUUGCACAUUUUUGGCUGCAAGUAUGAAAGAAAGGAAGCAGGGAAUUCAGAAAAAUCAAGAUUCUGUUCAACUUGGAGCGAUUGAAGCCUGUGUGAUGUGGCUGCUGGAAAAUGAAUUUAUCCAGAUUACAGAACCCAGUGACGCGACAGAAGGAAAUGCAUAUCAUCCAACACAUCUUGGUACAGCUACUCUUUUUUCUUCACUUUCUCCAACUAAUACCUUAGAUAUUUUUGCUGACCUUCAAAGAGCGAUGAAGGGCUUUGUUUUAGAAAAUGAUCUUCAUAUUGUCUAUCUGGUAAGUUCUUUUAACUGCUAUAUUUGUGAAAUAGGGAGAAGAGAUGUAAAUAGACUCCUGACCAUCAAGGAUAACCUAAGGGAAUAUCUUAUGCAUUAAUUUCCUCCUUUUCCUAUUUUCUUAUAUAGUGCCCGAAAGGCAGUGGAUGAGGAAGAGGGAGCAGUUGAAGAACGCCAGAAUAUGCAAACAAUUUGGGUGUCUGGCAGGAAAGGUUUAACUACAAGGGAAGCGGCAAUCUUGAUAGUGGAUGAAGCCAAAAUGAUUCUGCAGCAGGACUUAGUUGAAAUGGGGGUGCAGUGGGAUCCCAAUUCCCCAUUAAGCGCUAGUACACAUUCACUGACCAGGAGUGAGUCAGAAGAAAAGGAACACACAUUUGUACUUCAGACUACAGGUUGUCACAAGCGAUUAAUACCAAAGAGCAAAAGUAAUACAAAAUUUAGUGACACUUAUGUUAAUAAUUCACCAAAUACAGUGGAAGAUUUAGAUACAAGCAGAGAACAUACAAGUUCCUUUCAUUGUAAGCUCCAGAAUAGUAAUUGGGAACAUAAGAGAAAUUCCAGAGGAAGGAAAUGUCCUUCUUUGGGCAUAAAAAAAGAGAAGUCCAGGACCUUUCUGAAUGAGGAAAAAACAAGCACUAGAAAAGUUGUUCAGAUGUCAUUGGAGGAAACAAAAAAAGCAGCUUUGAAUUUCAAUUCAGACCAGAUGAACACAAGUUUUCCAUCUUGGAAACACAGAAAGCGCCAAAAACAAUACCAGGGCAGUAGUCCUGUGAAAGACUCUGGAGUGAAAAGCUGUAUGUGUAUUUCUCCUCUUUGUGAAAACCCAUUUACCUUUGCUGAGAAGAAUGUGGAAUUUAGAAGUCCUGAGCCAUUUGUCAAAAAUGUAUCUUAUGCUGAGGGAAAAAGCAACAAAACAUCAUUCCUAUUACAAACAGAGCAACGUUGUUUAAGGAAUAGAACAAUAAUUAAUGAUACUUGUGUGGAGGAUUUUUUCACAGGAUCCCCAAGAGAAAAUGUGAUUUGUCAAGCCACUAGUGUGGUUAGUAAAAAUGAAAGUGGAUUAGCUGUCACUGCGACAGAAAAAGUAAAUGAAGUGCCAAUACAAAAUGAUUCAAAAAACCAGACUCCUUCGGUGAAACACCAUGAUACUCAUCCAGUGAACCAGGGGCUGGAAAAACAAUGUGAUAAAUCAGCAGACACUUACAGCACACAGAAAAAAAUAAUAGUGAGAGAAAUGUCUCAAGAGGCAGUCAGCAGUAUGGGUAGAGACAUAAAUGUUACUACUAUCAAAUGUGAAAGUGUAAAGUUUAAUAGUGAAGAAAAUAAAUCUAAUCAUCAAGUAUUAGGAAAUAAUAUAAGAACUGAGGUGCCUAGUGGAAUACAUCAGUCAAUGGGAGUAUUUGGGAAAUCAAGAGGCCAGGACGAAAAUUUUCGAAAUUUUUCUAGAGUGCAAGAAAAAACAGCAACAAACAAAAAUGAAAAUAAUCAUGUUUCUGACUUAGGUUUAGUACUAUGUGAUUUUGAAGAUAGUUUAUACCUAGAUACUCAGUCAGAGAAAAUAAUUCAACAGAUGGCAAAUGAAAACACCAAACAAGCAAAGAACACCAGCCUGACAGCAGGGAAUAUGCAGAAGAGCUCAGACAAACAGAACCCUCUGGGCUCUUUUCAGAAAGAGUUUCCUAUCACUUCCAGUGAGCAGCAUCCUCCAGGAGUGAAUAGUACAGCUCUUUCGGACAUUAGGAAGCAAAGCACCAAACAUGGGUUUGAUAGUCCAACUCCAGAAAGCCCAAUUUUUAAUUCUCCAAUACUGUUAGGGGAAAAUGGCUCUUGUUUUAAAGGGAAUGAAGUUUCUGUUACUGACUCCCAAUUAAAUAGUUUUCUUCAAGGUUAUCAAACACAAGAAACUGUGAAGUCAGUUCUAUCUGUGGUGCCUCCAAAGAGAUUUCCCACUGAUAUGGAAGGAUACUGUCUGCCAGGUCCUGAAACAAGUUUGAAUAUGAGUGAUAGUUUACUCUUUGACAGUUUCAGUGAAGACUUCCUAGUAAAAGAACAGCCGCCUCAUGGACAAGCAAAAGAACUCCUUCCUUCUGAAAUAACAACAAACCAUGCCAGUGAUUCUCUGUGUCUACAUCAAGAGGACCCAACUAAAACAUCAAACAUGGAUAAACAUCAAAAUAUUCAGCAGCAACUAACUUGUUUCAGUAAUGAAUCUAUUAUGUUUUCAGAAAUGGAUUCUACUCAGAUGGUUGAAGCUAUGGACAAUGUCAAUAAAGUUCCUGUCCGAGAAAAACAUAAUACUGAAGUAUCUUUUAGAGUAUUAGAACUAAGUGAUUCACUGAUUGAAGAUAAUAGUCACCCCCAUGGAGAAAUAAUUGGUGGAGAUCAAGAUGAAAUGGCUCAAAAGUCCAAAUCAACUGAGACAAGGCAAAAUAAUUCAUUCAUAUGGUCAGGGGCAUCCUUUGAUUUAAGUCCAGGAUUGCAACAGAUUUUAGAUAAAGUGUCUAGUCCUCUAGAAAAUGGAAAACCAAAAUUAAUGACUAGAAACUUGGCUAGUUUGAAAGGAAAAAAUAUUGAGUUAAAUGCGAAACAGGAAAUGAUUUCAAAUUUGGAGACAUAUCAAAUACAGGGUAUUUCAUUUUCCCCUAAUGAUGAAGUGAAAAGCAAGAUGGAUGCACUAGAGAACAAGGCCAGUCAUGGUGAAACCUCAGCCCUCUUGCCUUGUAAAAAAAGCUGUGUUGUUGAUGAUAAUGGUCUCAUUCCUCCUACACCCAUACCAGCAUCUGCUUCUAAGGUGGUAUUUCCAGGGAUUCUUGGAACUUCUGCAAAACCGUGGACAAUGAGUAAUGUUUUACAGCCUGGUGAAGGUUAUUCAUGUGGUUUACUGUCAGAUAUUAAAACCCAUGGCUUACGUCCAGAGAGUAGGAAUGGUUUCAAAGAUGAUAGAUCUAUUAGAGACACAAAUUUUUCACUCCAAUUGUCACAGGAUGGCUUGCAGUUAACUCCAGCCUCAUGCAGUUCAGAAAGUUUGGCUAUAAUUGAUGUAGCAAGUGAUCAGACCCUCUUUCAAACAUUCAUUAAGGAGUGGGAAUGCAAAAAUCGGUUUUCCAUCUCACUGGCUUGUGAAAAGACAAGAAGUUUGACAUCUUCUCAGACUGUUACUAUUGGUGGGAGGUUUAAACAAGCUAGCUCAUCUCAGGAAACUUCAGUUAGAGAUGAUAGAUUUCCUAUUCAAGGCUCUGAUGACAUACUAGUGGUUGGACUGGCAGUGUGCUGGGGUGGAAGGGAUGCAUAUUAUAUUUCACUGCAGAAGGAGCAGAAGCAUCCUGAAAUUAGUGCCAGUUUGGCCCCACCUUCUCUGGAUCCAGCCCUGACUGUGAGAGAGAGAAUGUGGCACCUUCAAUCCUGCUUGCAAAAGGAAUCUGAUAAGGACCGAACUGUUAUCAUCUAUGAUUUCAUCCGGAGCUAUAAAAUUUUUCUUCAGUCUUGUGGCAUCUCCCUGGAGCAAAGUUAUGAAGACCCUAAGGUGGCAUGCUGGUUAUUAGAUCCAGAUUCCAUGGAGCCAAAUCUUCACAGUAUGGUUACUAGUUAUCUUCCUCAUGAGCUCCCGCUCCUAGAAGGCAUGGAGACUGGUCAAGGAAUUCAAAGCCUGGGGCUGAAUGUGACCACUGAGCAUUCUGGGCGGUAUAGAGCAUCUGUGGAGUCCGUUCUCAUCUUCAGUUGUAUGAACCAACUCCACUCUUUGUUGCAGAAGGAAAACCUUCAAGAUAUUUUCUACAAAGUGGAAAUGCCUUCUCAGUACUGCUUGGCCUUGCUAGAACUAAAUGGAAUUGGCUUUAGUACUGCAGAGUGUGAAAGCCAGAAACACAUCAUGCAAGCCAAACUGGAUGCAAUCGAGAUGCAGGCCUAUCAACUAGCCGGCCACAGCUUUUCCUUCACCAGUGCAGAUGACAUUGCAGAGGUUCUGUUUUUGGAAUUGAAGUUGCCACCAGAUGGAGACAUGAAAGUCCAAGGUAGCAAGAAAACCUUAGGUUCUACCAGAAGAGGGAAUGAACAGAUGCACAAGCAGAGGCUGGGGAGACGAUUCAGCACUAGCAAGGAUGUUUUAAAUAAAUUAAAGGCAUUGCAUCCUUUACCAGGCUUGAUACUAGAAUGGAGAAGAAUCACAAAUGCUAUUACCAAAGUGAUCUUUCCCCUGCAGCGGGAAAAGCGUCUGCAUCCUUUUCUUAGAAUGGAAAGAAUCUAUCCUGUGUCACAAUCACACACGGCUACAGGACGAAUAACCUUUACAGAACCAAAUAUUCAGAAUGUGCCAAGAGAUUUUGAAAUCAAAAUGCCAACUUUUGUAGAAGAGAGUCCCCCUUCUCGAGCCCUAGGCAAAGGCCUGCUACCCAUGGGCAGAGGACAAAAUAAGAAGGGUUGGGUCCGGAACCCUGGGCGCCAGGCACAGAUGGAGAAAACCUCAGACAGAGGGAUGCCAUUUUCAGUGAGCAUGCGACAUGCUUUUGUACCUUUCUCAGGUGGUUUAAUAUUGGCUGCUGAUUACUCUCAGCUUGAACUGAGGAUCUUGGCUCAUUUAUCUCAUGAUUGUCGUCUCAUUCAAGUAUUGAACAGUGGAGCUGAUGUUUUCAAGAGUAUUGCAGCAGAAUGGAAGAUGGUGGAGCCAGAGUCUGUUGCAGAUGAUCUGAGGCAACAAGCAAAGCAGAUUUGCUAUGGAAUCAUUUAUGGAAUGGGAGCUAAAUCUUUAGGAGAACAAAUGGGCAUUAAAGAAAAUGAUGCUGCUUGCUAUAUUGACUCCUUCAAGUCCAAAUACACAGGGAUUAAUCGCUUUCUGAGAGAGACAGUAAAGAACUGUGAAAGAGAUGGGUUUGUUCAGACCAUUUUGGGAAGGCGGAGAUAUCUGCCAGGAAUCAAAGACAACAACUUUUAUCGUAAAGCUCAUGCUGAGCGUCAGGCCAUCAACACAACAGUCCAAGGAUCCGCUGCUGAUAUAGUCAAAAUAGCCACAGUUCACAUUCAGAAGCAAUUAGAGACCUUCCAUUCAGCCUUCAAAUCCCACAGUCAUCGGGAGAGGAUUCUCCAAAGUGACACAACAGGAUUAUUACCGAAGAGAAAAGUACAAGGGAUGUUCUGCCCAAUCAGAGGAGGCUUCUUCAUCCUUCAACUCCAUGAUGAACUUUUAUAUGAAGUAGCAGAAGAGGAUAUUGUUCAGGUAGCUCAGAUUAUCAAGAAUGAAAUGGAAAGUGCCAUAAAACUUUCCGUGAAGCUGAAAGUGAAAGUGAAAAUAGGUGCCAGCUGGGGAGAGUUGAAGGACUUUGAUGUAUAAUUGUGCAGCUGACCAGGGUCUCCUGGGAAGAAGCCUGAUGCAGAUAAAGUCAGCAGGAAAGAAGAGAGACUGCCCUCUCACCUGUUCAUGAAGACAAACUCUUUAAGUCCUGAUGGAUAUAGGACAGAAAUCUAUAGUAAGAGUUUCAAAAUGUCUAUCAGGAUCUGUUCCUUUCAGUGUCAAAAAAGAUGUUGGAGGAAGAGGUGGAAGUGAAGUACCAAAUUUAAUGCUUAUAUUCACUCUCAAAGAGUACCUGUGAAUUUGUAUCCAUGAAUUUCAUAAUUUAUUGUGCCUUUAAACAGGUUCAGAACAUAUGCUUGACAUACGCACUUAGCACUUCAGGUCCUUAUCUGUCUGGGUUGAACAUGAAGAAAAUAGAGCUGCCACCUCAGGGCCAUUUCCAGUCUUGUCCAGGAAGCAGGCACUCAUGAUAGAGCCCCAACAGGAGCCACAGGCAGAGAAGGAUUUGGUUUCACAUAUACCACCAGCGUUAGGAGUGGUGUGUGAUCUUUUUCCUUCAAUAUUAAGACUUCUGAGAUAACUUUGGCUACCAUAAGGUAGUAUGACCUAAUAUGGAUGGAGUCCAUUUCCAUGAAAUGUUUCUUACUCCUUUUUCUUCCCCAGUUCAUACAAUGGAAAUAUUUGGAAUAUUUAUAUAUUAAAAAUGAGCUAGACCUUUUCAAGAGGUGUCCUGUUACGUGAGAUAUUUAUUGCAGGUGAACAUGAUACUGCUAGGUAAGGAAAGCAUCCCUUUGUCAGCCCCUUAGUGCCUUUGUCUGCGCUUGUGACAGUAAUUUUCAUGCUGAAAAGACUGAACUUUGUAAUCCCAGUCAGAGGUGUAGAACUGACCUUUUUGCUGUUGAAAUAAAAUGAAUU